AUGGUUCCCGGAGGUGUAUGUGCUCAUCUGGAAUAUCAGAUCGAGGACAUGUCAGACUAUGUGGCAGAAAUGACACAGAGACUUGUUGACCACAACACAACAACUGUUUCGCCAGAUUUCCGCAAGUUCGUUCUCGGACUCCUUUCAUCCACUCGUCUUCCUCACACCACCAUUCUCCUUGGUAUGAACUAUCUUUCCAACCGCAUUCAACAACAUCCAAAGGUCGUUUCGAGAGGCGGUUCGAUGUGGAGACUUUUGACUGUUGGCUUGCUUCUGGGAAGUAAGUUCUUGGAUGAUAAUACCUUCCAGAAUAAGUCCUGGUCAGAAGUCAGUGGUAUCGCAGUUACCGAACUCAACAACAUGGAGCACGCUUGGUUGGAAGCCAUCGAGUGGAACUUGUAUGUCGAUCUCGACAAUAGCGACGCCUACCAAGCAUGGUUGGCAAAUUGGAGCCUUUGGUCUGCAGACAGAAAGAAGGUAAAGGCUGCUACUCUCGAGCGUCUUUCCGCUGCACCUACGCCUCUGGCUCCUAUCGAUACCAAUGUUUCGCGCCGUCCAUCCAACGCCAACUACAGAGGCUAUCCCAAGAGUGCCACACAGGAGCGACAACAAUACAUUCACUAUGAACAUCCUGCUUGGGCCAAUCAUUCAUAUCCUACUCCUCAGCAUACACCACCAUCUGCUCCUGAUUCGGGUGUCACUACUCCAGAGUAUUUGAGUGCUACCAGUACCGCUCCUCAAUAUGAUUGGAAUGCUGCUGCGUACAGCCAAUACGCGAAAGCGUGCAUGGCCGCGGCAAACGCUCCUUACGUCAUGCCCGAUAUGUCCACUCGAUUCCACAACCAAUGGCCUCACCACUAUAGCCCUCACCAUUACAGUCCUUCACAUUACUUUCACCAAUACAGCUUGAACAUCUGGAACCCUCAGCCUUCAGAAUACUCUUCGCAAGGAAAACAGCAAUACUUCAUGCCUCACCACGCAUAUGGAGGACACCAAGCUGUUGUUGGUUAA